AAAAAAAGGAAUAGACUUGAACAUAAAAGGCUAAAUGCAUUGGUUUAUAUGAAGUACAACUCUUUACUAAGAGAGUGAAACAUUAGAAGAAAUGCAAAGAAGCUGCUUGAUCCUAUAUUAGUGAAAGAAAUUGAUUUCCAUGGUGAAUGGAUUUCGGAGAUGGAAGAUCUGGUUCUUCCAGGUGAUCUUUCUUGGCUUGAAGAUGAUCUAUUUGAGGUCGAUGCUAUAAGGAAUGUGCCAAUUGAAUGUUAUGAACAAGGUUUGUCAACUAGAAUGCCUAUUCAUGUGGAGCCACUAGAGGAGCCGAUCUUGGAUGAUUUAGGAUUUGAUGGGCACGAUCUUCAUGCUUCUUACUCACCUUCUCCUAAAAGAAAAAAUGAUGAAAGCUCAAGUAAGGUAAGAUCCAAGAAGAAAAUGAGAAAAUUUGCUGCAUUACUUAGGGAUGAAGAUGAUGAGAUAGAAGACCUUACUUUGCCUCCACACACUGAUACAGCAUUGAACAUUGAUGAUUGUGAUGACAUUCAUGUGGGUAUGGAUGGAUAUGAUAAUUAUGAUUUGGAAGAAUGAAGUGCAGUGUUAUUUUUCGAAUUAAUUUAGUAUGAAACUGUGUAUUAUUGAA